AUGGAAAAUGAUUCAGACAAGUUUCUUAAGUUGGAAGUUAGACAGAAAAACACUCAGGCGGUUCUGCAGGAUAUACAGACCCAGCUUGGUAGUGUGGCUAAAGCUGUAGCACAGAGGGCUCCGAGUACUUUACUAGUACAUACUAUCCCCAAUCCUGCAGUUCCAAAUGCCCACUUGAGCGUCAUUACCACUAGGAGUGGCAAGGUAACUGCGAGAUCCCUCUUCAAGCCAGAUAAGGGAAAGCAAGACUUGUUUCAGCACCUCUAG